CCAUAAAGUUACAUGGAACGGCAUCAGCUCACCCGCCAUCAGUCCUUCACAAUAGAAAUACAAAAACGCAGUGAACCAGCACUUGGAAUACAAUGCGCCAUUUAUUGUAGAAUCCAGUUAAAACGCCAUACAGGAAUGUGCUAGAAAAAAUAGGCCCACUGGAAGGGAAAAAGCAGUGGCUGCCACUGGAAAUCAGGGAAUAGAGCCGGCCAUGGACUGGCUGAUGGAACAUGAGGACGAUCCUGACAUAGAUGAGCCAUUUGUACCGGUCACCAAAGAUGAGGCAAGUGGGCAGGAUCCACAAGAAAUGGACACAGUGGUGGAAGGUUCGGAAGGUUCAGAAACAUCAUCAUCAAUACUAUUAACUGAGGAGGAGAAGGAGAGGCAGACAAAAAGGAUGAUGGAGCUGAUAGCACAGAAGCAACAGGAGCGCGAAGAGAGAGAAAAACAGGAGCGAAUCGAGCAGGAGAAACAGAGGCGGAGGCAAGGACAAGAGUUAUCUGUAAUCCGGCAGAAAAUGCAAGAGCAAGAAAUGCAGAAAGCAGUGGAGGAGAGGAGGAGGGAGAAACAGGAGGAAAGAUUGGCAAGAGAACGUGUCAGAGAGAAGAUCGCACGAGACAAAGCAGAGAGAGCAAGAAGGUAUGGAGGAUCCUCGUCUGAUCCCAUUUCCCCUCCUGCAGAAUCCCCUCUUCCAGCGUCCACACCCUCUCCAUCAUCACCUGUACAGGAGCCACCCACCAAGAAGGAAUAUGAUCAGUGCCGUAUUCAGGUGCGCCUGCUUGAUGGCACGGCCCUAUCUCAGACGUUUCGUGCCCGGGAACAGCUGGCUGCUGUCCGCUUAUAUGUGGAGCUGAAUUGGCCCGGCGGUGCAGAAGAACCUUUCAACCUCUUGACCUCCUUCCCUCGACACGUUUUUACAGAAGAAGAUAUGGAAAAACCGCUACAAGAACUUGGUUUGGUGCCUUCUGCAGUCUUGAUUGUUGCUAAAAAAUAAUGCUACACAGAGGUCUUCCCUGCCUGAAAUCAACCAAAAAAAAAAGAAACUGAACACCCAAAGCCAAGACCAACACCGAGGCACAUCAGCAACUUUUGUUGUAAUGAUAUCACACCGAGCGGCUCCCGCACCUCCCCGGAGUGUGAUGUGCGAACGCAUGUAUUGCCGCGGAGAAAUAAAGCAGUCGUGUGAAACCUUU